AUGUCCUCUCUCGUCGGUGCCCUCUGGGCGCUGGUGCUUGCCCUGCACCUCUUUGUCUGCCGCGUGAAUGCCCAGGCAGACGGCUCCGGGGCCGCGCCAGAUCAGUGCAGCUGCUCGGGUCUCGACUACACGAAUGGAGGCUCGUACCUGAUCGAUGGCACCUCCGACCGGGACUUUACGUUCACUUCGACAGGGGCAUGCUUCGCCUCGACCAUCACGCCGAUCCUGAUCUCGCCUGACGGAUUUGGCUACCAGUGCUCGCCCAUUGCGUCCAACGACGGCGACGAGCAGCCGUCAGAAUGCGGCGUGGCGUACUACCAGAUGAAGACGGGCACGUGGUCUAUCAUCAUCCAGGCUCCCGACUUUGAUUUCACCGUGCAGCGGCAGUUCAACCUCACCGUGGGCGGGGCCGUCAACACGGUUGUCGUGACGGUGACCCCCACUUACGCCGAGCCCGACCUCGUGACGUCGGACUGCUACCUGCCGACGGACACCGUCAUCUACUACGUCCCAGGGCCGACCUCGCACAUCGUCAACACCAUCUCGCGGUGGUCGACGCUGGGGCCAGCCACGCAGUACUACACGUCAACCAUUGUCGACUAUGCAUACUGCCACUGGCCG